AUGCAAGGAACACUCUGCUCAGAACUGUGUGAUAUUCUACUCUUGCAGAAGAUCGAGGUGCUGAAGGGUCUGGAGGACGUGACGCUGUGUGAGAAGGAGGCCCACACCUUCGAGGUGAUCCUGAGCCAUUCUUACGUCCGCGGCACCUGGAGCAGGAAUGGGGUUCCGCUCAAAUCCAAGCCCACUUGCAGGAUCUCAGCUCAGGGGAAGACUCACACUCUGACCCUGACCCGGCUCUCUCUGUCAGAUAUGGGUCUGAUCUGCUUUCAGGCAGAGGGAGCCGAGAGCUCAGCUACUCUCACAGUAACAGCCAGAGAUAUAGAGAUAGUAAAGCAUCUUCAGGACAUCAGUGUGACAGAGCGAGAGACAGUGACGCUGGUGUGUGAGGUAAACCUGGAGGAAGUGGACGGGAAAUGGUUCAAGAACAGCAGCAGAAUAAAAGCGGGAGACAACGUUAAGAUCAGACGUGAAGAUAAAACUCACUCACUGACCUUCAGAGCCGUGAAGCCAGAGGAUGCCGGGGAGAUCAUGUUUAUGGCUGAGAGAGUUUCAUCGACGGCAGUGCUGACAGUUACAGAGCUUCCGGUUCAUAUCACACGGCCACUCCGGGUGAAGAUCGCCAUGUAUAAACACAGGGCACUGCUGGAGUGCCAGCUCUCCCGCGCCAACGCUGAGGUCACAUGGUACAAGAGGAACCGUGAAAUCGUAUCUCACGGGAAAUAUCAGGUGGUGAGUGAUGGUGUUUACAGACAGCUCACCAUUGACGAAGUGGGCACUUCAGAUGAGGACAUCUUCACCUGUGAUGCUGUUGAUGACUCCACUUCCUGUCAGCUGUUUGUGGAGGGUGAGCUACUCAUAGCUGUUUGUGGACGGCCCAACCUGUGCUAAUGCUAACGUUUUAGUUUUUACGCGAAUGUUUGCGAUGAUUACAUUUUAAUGAAUGGGAAUUAAGUAUGUAUGCAAUGCAU